AUGCUGGGAGGGAACUGUGCCGUCUUGAAUGAAAUGAGCACCACGGCUUCUUCACAUGACAGGGAAACCAUAGCGAGGAUAAAUUAUAGCAGUCCAUCUGCAACGACUUACGAGAACAACACAGACUGCAUUCAAGACGGUGAGUAUGUGACUGGAAGCAUCGUGGAAUACGCGUGUAGCGAGCAUUAUAAUCUCAAGGGAUCACGGCGUCGGAUAUGCAUUGGGAAUGGACGAUGGAGCCGAGGAAAUGCACUUUGUGAGCCGGAAUGUGGGAGAAAAGUGCCACAGGGUUUGUCAGCAGGAGGAAAGCCAUCCGCGAUUGGGAAGUGGCCAUGGGUGGCUGCCAUAUAUGACGUCAAAAAUGAGCUUCUCGUUUGCGGAGGGGCUCUGAUUCGAGAGCAAUGGGUUCUGACAGCAGCUCAUUGCCUCGCCAUAGAUGGAAUCGCACGGCCUCGCGAUCGGAAAGACUUCCGGGUUUAUCUGGGGAAACACUAUCGAAAUGACUCCCAGGAUGAUGGAUUGGUGCAAAAGAGAGAGGUGUCUACGGUCAUCCUUCAUGAAGGCUUUAACAGGUAUAACUACGACUCAGACAUUGCCUUGCUGCAACUAACCGAGCCGGUAGAGUUUACCAAUAGGGUUGAGUUGAUAUGUCUCCCAAAACAUGAACUACGUUCUCUCUCGGAAGCAAACCUGGAGGACGGAGUUCGAGGAUGG